GUCAUUGUAUAUCACAGUAUAAUAGGCUGCAUUCUCAAAGGAAGCUCCGAGUGGUACACACUGAGAUCUAUAAGUUCCAAAAGUAAGGAUCAAGCUGUAACUGGUGCCGAAUAUCUGAAAUUCGUGGGAUUAUCAUUAAAAGUACCACUUUUUUUAUAAAAUGGGAUCUAUCGUUGUCGAUCAUAGAAUCGUCCUGGCUGCUUUUCUAUUGGCUGCUCUGGUCCAAUCAGCAUCCGCACUACACUGCUGGUCCUGCUCGUCCGACGCGACUCCCGAUUGUGCGGAUCCACUGAAUGCUACCGAGCACAACAAAUUAUUCCAUACGAAAGCUUGCGAAGGAACAAUGUCGCCGCAUCAUUAUCUCAACGAAAAACCUGUAUGCCGUAAAACGGUGCAAUACGUCAGUGGUGAACGCCGCGUUAUUCGUGCCUGCAGCGUACCGAAUCCUGACGAAAGGGAUAUCGUCGAUGGACCCUGUACACACUUGACUACUGCCAGUUACAUUACUAUCGAGUCCUGCCAUAUUUGUAACACUGAUUACUGUAACACAGCUACUUACGUUUCCGGCUCCUGGCUUAUCAGUGUUGCUGCAAUGGCCGCUGCCGCGGUCGGUGGAUUUUCUACAAUGUCUAUCGCAAUUUAAGUGACUGUACCUUGCGCAAUUGGUACUAUAUAUAAGUGGUGACCUUGAAUGAGUCAUAUACAUUUUUCCACCUGGAAAAUGGUCAAUAUGUAGGAGUUUUCUUUUUAAUAUGAAAUGUUUGUCCAAAUGGAUAAUACUUUUUUUUCAAAGGUACGUGAUUCAACAUUAAAUCAUUUUUUUUUUUAUCGAAAUUAUUAAGCUGAGAUAUUAUAUAUGGGUUUAAACCGCGUUUUUUCGCGAAAUGAAAACGGUGGGCAAGAUUCAAUUGAUCUGAUUCGUGUGAAAUAAAAAUGUAGGAAUUUUUAUUAUUCGUAGCAAUAGUUCUGAAGCCAGAUUACGGUUUUGAAAAUUCAUAAAAUUUGGGUAAUGCAAGAAAGUAGAAUGAAAAACUGCAUUUUUCAUUGUUAUUAAACAAAUGGUUAACCUUAACCGUUUUGAGAAACGCGUCCCCAUUUUUAUACCUACCCGAGCGCGCUCAAAAGUUGCCUUUGGAGCAGCACAACUUAUUUUGCUCAAGCAGCUUAAACGUCGAAAGUAAUUCAAAUCUAGAUUACUAUUUCGUCUAAAAAAUAUUUCCAAAAACGAUGUAUCUUUGAAAAUAACUUUAAAAUAUUGAGUUUUCGAAUAUGAAAAACGUAUGCGACUCCGUAAUAGGGCAUUGCUAAUGUUAGAUUGUGGUAGAAAACUAGCCGAGUUUUGUUGGUUCAAACGUAAUUUCACCUAUUUACUUUUUGAAGUCAUUGAAGAAAUUUAACGCGUUAUUAAUUUGAUUUCCAUGAGAACGACUGGCGCGUUAGCUGAAUACUUACUUUAAAAAAUAUAUCUGAUCCAUGGAUCACGGUGCUUGUACGUAUUUUUUUAUUUUUUAUCUACAAAAUACGAUUUUUUGAAAAUGAAAAAAAAACUAAUACCAAACGGUACACAUCAUUGUCAUGUAAUCGGCUGCUUUUAAUUAGCCCAAUUGUACCGUGUGUUUAUGCCACACUAACGUUUCAUGGAUUAUUCACUGUGCGUGGAUUUAUAUGACAUUAAUUUCGAGCAUGUAUAAUCGUAACACUCAGCUUAAUUAGAUUUUCACAGUUAUAAGUUAAUUUAACACUUCAAAUUAAGCUUAGACGUAAUGGCUAAUAUAUAAUGUAGAUAUAAAUAAUUACCUGUACGUGUAGUUAAGUAGAAGAGUGAGUGUAAAAUUUGAAAAGAAUAUUAUGAAAGAUACUCCAAAAAAAAAAAGAAAAGGAAAGAAAAAACAGACUUACAUCACUCUCUAGCAUAAACAAUAAUUAAUGCAAUAACGUGGAUUAAUUAAUAAACGCAAUUCCCUUUGUCCAAGAGAAUGCGGAUUCUGCGUUAUUACAUUUCACAUAAAGUUUCUAUGAGCUAUGUUAUUAUAUUCUUUUUCAUCUAAAAAAUCGUAGCACUUUUUAAACAGCAAAGCUUUAACCCGCCACUUGAAACUUUUGUAGAUAAAAUUUCGCCAGAUUCUCCAUAAGUUUCCCUUUAUGAGUAUUAAACAGUUAAAUAUUGGUGGUCAUGUGUAAACUCAGCAUUAAUGCCUGGGUCUCUAAAUCUAUUUUUGUCUCUGUCCCACUCGUGUAAUUAAAAUGGGCAAACUCAAUCGAUAAGUCCAGGCAUUAAUGACACUGAGUGUAUGUAUAUAUGUACAUACAUAUAGAACAAAUGUACAAGGAUAACUCACGGCGUAAAAUACAGAUGGCGCAGAUAGCAUUCACUUACGUUUCUACACGUGUCCACUAAGGUAUAGCCAUAUGGUAUACCUACAUUUGUAUAGAGCAAAUACUAACGAGUCUUGAGAAACUAGAAGCGUCCGCUUGUCAAUAAAUAAUUGAACAGCUUGUCAGGGAAUCCGUCCAAAAUGUAGUUAACAGAAGCGAGCUCGACUGUAUCGUAUCAGCGGCCACGAUAACGUAAUUAGUAUAAACACAUAAAUAAUAGUGAAUCGAAAGUCUAGAAUUUGCAUUAUUGUAUAUAAUAGUGCAAAACGAUAUUUAGCGUGCGAUACACGCAAUAAAAAUAUAAAGAGAUA